AUGCCAAAUAAUCAAUGCAUAAAUGCAAGAUUAAGACAAAGAAUUCGUGCUAGAGUUGCAGAAAUAAGAAGAAUACCAUUAAAUGAAGAAUUAGUUGUUGCAGAGCACCAAAGAUGGGGAAAUCCAAGAAGAAGAAAUCAAAGAAAUACAGUUAAUAAUCAUCCUGAGUGCCCAAUGGACAAUUAUAAUACACAUGAAAGAAUAAUUGAGUGA